AUGACGGGCGUGAAGGACAGCUUUCUGGACCUUGAGCGCCACGUCCGGCAGCUGGAGGCCAAUGUGUCCAAGCUUAAGAAGGCGCUAGAGCACUGGCGGCAGUGGGAUGCCGAGUACGAGGCUUUGAAGGAGGAGGUGCAGACGGCUACCGGGGUUGGUGUUGGGGCCGAGUCGGAGACUUCCGCGGCAGAGCUCCGCCGGAUACGGGCCGAGUUCGACGGCGACCUCGUCACCGGGAAAGAGCAGGUGGUCAACCUGCUGGACCGCAGGAUCGAGUACGUGGACAAGAACGUGCGCACGCUCGAGAAGCAGCUGGAGGAGGCGGAGAGGAAGCUGGGCGCCGCGAGCGUGAUUAGCGACCCGGGCGCGACGGACGAGACCGGGUUGCCCAUCACGGAGAUUUUUGAAAGGCUGGAUGAGGAUGGGAACGUGGUGUCCCAUGAGCUGUGGACGCCCGGCAGCAAGAUGCCGCAGCUACAGGAGAUUCUGCAAAAGGCCGGUGUCGAGAGCGCCGCGUCGCAGUCAAAGCCGGAUGGAGAUGAGGUGGCCCCGUCAGACCCUCCUAGUGAUGUGCGGCCUCGGACCAGUGGUCCUCGAGCGCCGGCUACGGCCGAUAUACCGGUGCGCAUGAAAGAGGUGGUUUCCGAUGUCGAUCCGGGCGUCGCGGAGAACGAGGAGAUUAUGGACAAGGCGCGAGAGCAGGAGAAAAUAACCCAGGACGCACCCACGCUCCCUGACGACGAAUCGCCCGAGGAUGCGGCGCUCCGGAGGCAGAUGUUGGAGUACACUAUGAACAACUCGGCGACGCCCAGCGCGGGCAUGGGCGAGGUGGUUGCCAUCAUGUCGGAUCUACGGUAUGACGAGUCGGAUGAUGACUCAUUUAACAGCUACGAGGAUGAUGAUGACGAUGAAGACGAGGACGAGGACGAGGAUGGGGAAGACGGUGAAGAGGAGGACAAGUACGGCCGGACCACCCACCGAGUGAUUGACCCAAAGUACCAGGAGCGGAUGCUCGACCUCGAGCGACGCUUGGGCGUCCAGUCUCGUUUUACGCGGCAGCUUGCCACGAGCGAACCUGGGACCAACGACGGUGACGGCGAGGGUGACGCCUCGCCCGAACAAGGAAACUUCGAGGAAGGCAUCGGCAAGAUUGUAGUGAGGCAGCCAGAGGCCGAGGCCAAGACCCAGCCCCCGAACAAGUCGCGGAGCCGGACAGACCGGUCCGCGGCGGACGUACCCGCCUCUGGCAGCAUCCUGAAGCCUAGCGGGGCCUCGGGCGCGAAGAAGAGCGUCAAGUUUGCCGAGGCGCUAGACAUUGCCCCGGCGGAUAAUACAACGCCCGGACAAGAAGCAGCGCGCGACGCCGACCCGCGGCCCGAAACGGUCGCGAACCCCGUCAGCGAGUUCAUCGUGGAGCAGGCGGACCCUUUGCCGCCCAAGCAACCCGAGACGGCGGCGCGCCCGCGCAAGAAGGCCUCGCGUUUCCAGCAGAUGAAGGCAUCCUCGGGCGUCUCUGCCGCCGCAGAUGCUUUCGAAGAGGAGGGGACGGAGGAGGGGAAACCCCAAGAGUCGGACACCAUCAUGCAGCCCCUCGCCUGGUCGGAUACCCCCGCCUCUUCUCGGAGGCGGGGUAAGUCGGCCAAGGUCCGCGGGGACCCGGAUGACUUUGACGAGGAAAUUGAUCGCCGGGAGAUUGCCGACGAGUACCAGCGUAGGCGGCGGAAGAUGAUUGCGCAGCAGGGUGGUUUCCUCAAGGAGGAAGAGAACGCUAUAGAACCAGUUGACGACGAGGGGGAACCGCCCCGGCGGGUGAGCCGUUUCAAGGCAGCCCGGCUAGCGAGAGACUAG